GCCUCGCAGAUGCGACAGCUGAUCUACUACCACCUCGAUAACGACAUGCUCGACAACGCCAACUUCAUUGCUGGUCGCCUUCAUGCACUCGAACCACGAAAUCCCGAAAAUUCGCAUCUCCUCGCCCUCACCUACUUUCGCCUCCGCCGAUUCAAGGCCGCCUACGAUUUCAGUCAAAAGUACGGCGCUAAUGGUCGGCAUCUUGGAUGUGCGUAUAUCUUUGCACAGGCGUGCUUGGCAUUGGGGAGGAACAUGGAUGGUGUGACGGCGUUGGAGAAAUGCCGAUCUGCUUGGGCAGGGAAGAAUCAUUGGAAUCAACACUCGGAGACAUCGAGGCGUCACAUGCCUGAUGCAUCGGCAGCGCUUACACUUCUGGCGAAGCUGUGGCGUGCUCAUGGCGAUUCUGGUAAGGCGGGAGACCUGUUCAUCGAAGUACACAAGCAAAACCCGUUCGUGUGGGACGCAUUUGAGGGACUGUGCAAAAUCGGGGCGGAUUUGAAGACGGAGAACAUGUUCAGGCCGGUCAUGGAGUUACCUGGGCUGACGGAGACGGGCAAUGGUGAGACACAGAUUUACGUUGAUGAAGAUUCACGGCAACCGCGAGUGCUGCAGGCAAAAUCCGGGUCGUAUGUCUCGAUGGACGACCCAUUCACUUCUACGGUGGUUGAGGAGCUGGAUUCGCUGGACCACAGGUUGCUCGGGAAGUCUGUCCUGGGACUACCCCUGAAACCAACAUCGACGGAAUGGGACACUCCUACAGCAAAUGGCGGAGUGUUGGACGACGAUACGGCAAUGGGAGGCAUUUCUGCCGAGAACGAUGAUACAUUCUUCGAGCCUCCGGCCGCACCAAAUCGGAGAUCACGAAUGGGCCAUCACCCCGAGGUCACAGACCGGCCGCGACCGCAUGGGCUUCGGAACCAAUCUGCAUCUGAAGGACUGUCAGACGAUCCUCUGGCGGCGCCGCGCAAAGCGACCGCAGGCGGGCAGAAGCGGAACAUUUCUGGAACGGCCGCACAAUCUUCUUUGGACUCUACGCAACCUCGAAGAAGCAACCGGCUCUUCACUCAGACAACAGCGCCGAAUCGAAGCACUCGCUCAACCAUGGACACGGCAGCAUCAAUAGCAGGCAGGGCUGAUAGAGUCGCUCGUCAAGCAAAGCCAGCUACCGGCGCUCGAGGUCGGACAGGUGCUGUCGUCGGCAGGGUCGUCAGUGGGAAUACUAAGAGACUUCCACCUGAUGAGAAGGAGAAGCGCACGAACGGUCGAACAAAUGAGAAAAACGCCACCCUCGCUAGAUCCGAACAGCAGGACGCCAUGGCCUCAUUGUUGAACAACUUCCGCCAUCUUGCCGUCGGUUGCCAUGCGAUUGCCAGCUUUGAUAUGCCGACUGCAAUUACGACCUUCCGAGGAUUGCCUGCUGCACAACGUGAGACUCCUUGGGUCCUCGCUCAGCUCGGCAAAGCGUACUAUGAAGCCGGAAACUUUCGACCAGCAGAAGAUUGCUUUGCAAGGCUAAUGAAGAUACAGCCGUCACGCAUCGAGGACAUGGACAUGUACUCCACCGUACUCUGGCACCUCAAGAAGGACACCACACUCACGUACCUUUGUCGCGUGCUCCAAGAUCAUGAUAGCGAUGCGCCACAGACAUGGGUCGCCGUAGGCAAUGCCUUCUCUUUGUCUCGCGAACACGAUCAAGCAAUCUCAGCGUUCAAGCGAGCCACUCAAGUGGAUCCCAACUUUGCAUACGCCUACACACUGAUGGGCCACGAGUACAUCGCCAAUGAAGCUUUCGACAAUGCUCUCGCCUCCUUCCGACAUUCCGUCAGCGUUGAUCGCCGUGGGUACGGUGGCUGGUAUGGACUUGGGAAGGUGUUCCAGUGCAUGGGCAAAUUGGACGACGCCGAGCGCCACUUUCGCAUCGCUGCAUCCAUCAACCCCUCCAAUGCCACUUUACUGGUCUGCAUUGGCGUUGUUCUUGAGCGGCUUCGUAACAAAAAAGGCGCUCUGGCAAACUUCACUCGCGCGCUGGAGCUGGACCCUACAUCUGCCUUGGCGAGGUUCAAGAAAGCCAGAGUGCUGAUGCAUUUGAAAGAGUAUGAGCAGGCGCUUGGCGAGCUGGAGGUGUUGCGAGAUCAGGCGCCCGAUGAGGCAAACGUGUGGUUCCUGCUUGGGAAAUGCUACAAGGGGUUGAGUGAGAGGGGUGAGGCGCUGAGGGCUUUCACGACGGCGUUGAAUCUGGAUGUGAAGGCCGCGCCGUUCAUCAAGGAGGCUAUGGAGGCUCUUGACGAGGAAGACGAGGAGAGUGACGAU